AUGGUCACGCGCCAAGAGCAGUGCCGGGACAGCCAGCGGCGGUACCGCGCGAAGUCGGUUGCGGCAGCGACUGCGCUCGCCGACCGCGUCCAAGAGCUCACGCUCGAGACCUUGCGCCUCGAGGGCCGGCACCGCGCGCUCGCCAGCAGCAUCCACCGGCCACUCGACCACUUUUCGAGCCUCCUCAUCGCCCGCGAGUACUUUAGCGUGGCCCGCUUUGGCCUUAGUCGCAACGACGCGGUGACGCUCGACGCGCUCUCUCGACUCGUGCACGAGUCGGUUGUGUUCCACGGGCGUAUCGGACAGGCCGCCUACUUUGACCAGUGGCGCCAGUAUGCUGCGACGUUCGAGGGCUUUGACAUGGCCUGCGACCGCAUGGAGUGCCUCGGCGUCGACGACGGCUACGUCGUGCACUGCGUUGGCCACGUCAGUCUCCGGCUCACGCGCGCGUCGCUCACACGCGUGUUUCCGCACACGCUCCGCAACGAGUCCCUUGUCCAGCGCCUCGUCCAGCGCGAGCUGCAGGUGCCGUUGGUGCUGCGGCUCAUGCUAAACGACCACGACCACCGCAUCGGCGCCCUCGACGCCACGCUUGGUUUCACGGCGGCGAUGGUGGCGCUGCUGCAAGCCAGUGAUGUGGCGGCCGCCGUCAUGGCGUAUGCCCGCCUCGAAGAUAGUUGCCUUCUUGUAUAA